UCUCUCUCUCUCUCUCUCUCGCCGUCGAGAUUGAGGGCCCGUGGCCUGCGAAGCCCUUCACCGGCAGAUAUCUACCACCGCCACGCCGGAGAUCCGCCGCCAUCGACCGUAACCCCCAGCGUCGCUCACUCAGGAUGCCUCUAUGGAUUUGGAGUUCCCUGAAAUUUGAAGAAGCCGAUAGAGCAUAUAUCUUCUAUUUCCUUCUAUUUUCCCUGAAUGUAUUUUAAUCACCUAAACAAGUGUCGUAACAAUGGCUGCCAAUGUGGGGGUGAACUUCUCUGCUUCUCAGAAACAAAAUGCUGGUGAUAGUUUUACAGCUCAUCUUGCAGGCAUGUCAAAGAACCAGCUUUAUGAUGUUAUGUCUCAAAUGAAGAGUCUGAUUGAGCAGAAUCCUUCUCAAGCCCGGCAAAUUUUGGUUGCAAAUCCUUCAUUGACAAAGGCUUUAUUUCAGGCCCAGAUCAUGCUUGGUAUGGUCCAACCUCCACAAGUGAUGCCAAAUAUCCCGCAGGCAGCAUCUCAGCAACCACAACAAUCUUCAUCACUUGGACUACAGUCAAGUGCACAAGCCAGGCCCUCCAUUUCUGCUAACGCUGCAGUACAGGGGCAAUCCAGCACAUCUCAGCCACAGGUUCAGAAUAGACAGCAACCUUCAGUGCAAUCAUCUGUUCCAAUGUCAUCAUCUUUGUUGACCCCUCCAAUCCAGCCAGUACAGGCAGCUCAACAUGCUCAGACCAACUUAAAUGUCCAGACAAGCUCAAUUUCUCUUCCACAGCCCUCACAGGUUUCUAAUGUGCCUAUUUUAUCACAUCAUGCUGCCUCACAGUCAACUGUUCUUCAACCUCAAGUUCUCUCUAGCCAGCUACAGCCACCAAUGUUGAAUCCAGGUGCUCUACACCAACCACCCCUGCCACAACAACCAAGGCCAUCCAUGCAGCCAUUUCCUCACCAGCUGCAGCCUCCUAUGCCUCCAACUUAUGGUUUUCAAUCCUCAAAUGCACCUCAGCAGCUUUCACAACCCUUAUAUCAGGCAGGUAUCGGCGCUCCAAGUAGCCUGGGGAAUUCAUUCCCACAAGGACCACCCACUUUGCCAGGUCAACCACCCCUUAUGAAGCCACAUCAGGUAGGUUCACAUAUCACCGGUGAUCUAGGGAGUCAAAAUACUAGCUCAAUGCAAAUCGAGAGAGGAUCUGGAGUUCCUUGGAUGUCUGCUGCUCCUGAGAGUUCCAUAAGUGGUGUUCAGCUGCCAGGCGCACCAGCAACAGUGGCAGGUCAGAUGGGCGCAAUUGGCCAAGCUGCUCGUCCUUCACAGUUAUCUCCUGAGAUUGAAAAGGCGUUACUUCAGCAAGUGAUGAGCCUCACGCCAGAACAGAUCAAUCUUCUUCCACCAGAGCAGAGACAACAAGUACUUCAGCUGCAGCAGAUGCUGCGGUUGCAAGAUAUCAGCACUACAUCUGUUUGACGUGAAAAUGAGCUCGUAGUGUUCAUACAAGACCUCAACUGCAUUUUCAAGCCACCAUAUUGUCUGAAAGCUUUUUUUUCUUUAUUAUUGCUUUCUGCAAGGUGUGCUCAUGAUCCCUUUCUUGAUAAAUGACAGUUGAAGCAUAUUGGUAGUUUAUGUAGGGUGACAUACUGACAUCAUAUUCAGUUCUGCUUGUCAGAUGGUCGUAGAGAAAAGAAAUAUUGGCCCAACCAAAUAUAUGUUCACUUUCUGUUAUGGAGGAAAUUAUGCUCUUCGCAAUGUGUAUUUUCUGGGGGAUUGGAGGACAGAUUCAGCAUUGGGGCUUGCAAAUGGUUUUUCCUUUUUUUUUUCAGUAGGUCGUUUGGAAACAGUUUGGUUGCAACGGCAUUCUUAAGAAGAUAUCUGACCUUUAGUUUCAA